GAGCUCUAAUGACAUGAUGUCAUAAGAGGGGGGUUGAGAUCUCUUCUAUUGAGCGAUAUUGAAAGUUUUCACAUGAAUUUACUGCAUUCUGGUUAUGUUUCUGCACCAGUUUAAAGAUUUUUUGGGCUUUCCCUGUAUUUGCUGUGUUCUCGGUGCAGGAGUGGACGAGACCACCAUCAUCGAGGUUCUGGUGAAAAGAAGCAACGAGCAAAGACAGAAGAUCAAGGAGGCGUACCAGCAGGCCAGCGGCAAGCCUCUGGAGUCGGCCCUGAAGAGUGCUCUGAAGGGAGACCUGGAGGAAGUGGUCCUGGGUCUGCUGAAGACUCCGGCCCACUACGACGCCGAGCAGCUGAAACUGGCCAUGAAGGGACUGGGCACAGACGAGGAGGUCCUCAUCGAGAUUCUGGCUUCCAGAACAAACCGUGAGAUCCUGGACAUUAAGAAAGCCUACAAGGAAGACUACAAGAAGGAUCUGGAGUCUGACAUCAAGAGCGACACCGGUGGAGACUUCAGAACCGCUCUGCUCGAGCUCUGCAAGGCGGGCAGGACAGAGGGCGUGACUGAGCAGCUGGUGGACAGCGACGCCCGGGCGCUGUACGAGGCCGGCGAGGGCCGGAAGGGAACCAACAUCACCCCCUUCAUCGAGAUCCUCACCUCCAGGAGCGCCCCGCACCUCCGCAGAGUGUUCGAGCGCUACUCCAAGUACAGCAAGGUGGACGUGGCCAAAGCCAUCGACCUGGAGCUGAAGGGAGACAUCGAGAGUUGUCUCACAGCCGUAGUGAAGUGUGCGGGGAGCCGGACGGCGUUCUUCGCUGAGAAACUCAACCUGGCCAUGAAGGGUAAAGGAACCCGUAAGAGCACCCUGACCCGGAUCAUGGUGAGCCGCUCCGAGAUCGACAUGAAGCGGAUCAAGGACGAGUACAAGAAGACCUACGGGAAGACCCUGUACCAGGACAUCCUGGUGAGGAGUAGUAAUAAUACAGGAUCAUAG